AUGGCUGAAGUAAUGUCGCUGUCUGCCUUCGCCGCGAUCUCUAUGAUUGCUAAGUCCGCUCAACGUCUUCUAGGUGACGCCCCUGAUGUGCUCAAGCACGUAAACAAACAUGGAGACAUCUACGCAUACUUCCCCAAGCUCAUGACCCAGCCGAACGAGCCCGUCAUCCAGCUAUUCAUGCUCCCCUUUGGAAGACCAUGGGUCAUCGUCAGCGAUCCACGAGAAGCAAGCGACAUCAUGAUCCGUCGCACGAAAGAAUUCGAUCGGUCCUCGUUUAUAGGGCAGCUGUUCAACGUCCUGCUACCGAAAAAUCAAGCCGCCCUACCAACUGGAGAUGAGUGGCUCGCUCAUCGACGUCUGACUGGCGAUGUGAUGACGCCUUCUUUCCUAAACUGGGUCGCUGGACCGCAGAUGUGGUCUACGGCCAGCAAGUUGGUGGAUCUUUGGCGAGAGAAAGCGAGGCUCGCGAAAGCGCGGCCUUUCCGAGGAGAAGUAGAUGUCCACAAUAACCUACUCCACAUCAUCUGGCGAGGGACAUUUGGUGGCGAGAUCGGACCUAAUGAAGCUCGACUAAAGAAUCUUGCCAGCAUUCAGGGGCUGGAUGUGCCCACAGACAUCGAUCGACCCGUCGACUUGCCGGAGAUUGAAGACCCACCUGCGUUCAAGGCCAUUGAAUUGCUGAUCAAGUCAAUGGAGAUCCCGACGAGUUCUCCAUUCCCUACGCUCGCGCACUGGUUGGCGGUCACCUUUCGCCGUGACUGGGCCAAUGCGAGGAAAGCCAAAGACGCUCUUAUCCGUACCAAAUUGAAGGAGGCUAGCGAAGAGUUGUCACAAAGACAGACCGAAAGAGACUUCGCGUCAGCCUUGGAGGUUGUCGUCGCCAAAGAGAUCAAAAUGGCCGAGAAAGAAGGCCGAUCAGCCGAUCUCGAAAGCCAAGCAAUCCAGGACGAGCUGUUUGGGUUCCUUAUAGGCGACUCGGAUACGACUACGUCGACAAUGCUUUGGGGUUUGAAGUUCCUAACAGCACAUCAACAAGUCCAGUCGAAGCUUCGCGGCUUCCUUAGAGACAGCUUCCCAGAAGGUCGUAUGCCAAAGAUCGAAGACAUCACCAACACAAGCAUCCCCUAUCUCGACGCCGUGAUCAACGAGAUCCUCCGCGCCCGUAAGAUCAACCCUCCAAACGUCCGGAAGGCUCUCCGAGAUACGCAAAUCCUCGGCUACCAUAUCCCUAAAGGCACUGAUGUCUUCCUCAUCUCUAAUGGACCUGGGUAUAUUAUGGACCCGCUCCCUAUCGAUGAGUAUAAGCGGAGCCACACUAGCAAGGCGAACAGGGACAAGGCUCGUCUUUGGGGAGAUGAUAGGGCAGCAUUCAAGUCGGAAAGAUGGUUGGAUGAGAAUGGGAAUUUUGAUCCGGACGCUGGGCCGAUGCAUGCGUUUGGGGCUGGGCAAAGGUCUUGUUUUGGUCGGAGAUGGGCACUGCUUGAGUUGCAGGUUCUGAUCGUCUGCGUCGUCUGGAGCUUUGAGCUGUUGCCGACUCCACCGUCGUUGUCGUAG